AUGGAUUACAGCGGUCGAGCAUGCUACACCUGCGGUGCCACUAACCACCAGGCCCGCGACUGCCCAAACAGGGGACCAGCCAAGUGCUACAACUGCGGAAAUGAGGGCCACAUGAGCCGUGACUGCCCCGACGGUCCCAAGGACUCCAAGACCUGCUACCGCUGCAACCAGCCUGGCCACAUCUCCCGUGACUGCCCCCAGGAGGUGCCGCGCCUGGCGGCGCGCCCGUGCGGCAAGCUUGGUCACAUCGCCCGUAACUGCAUGGAAGCUGGCGGUAACAGCUCCUACGGCGGCGGCGGCGGCGGUGGCGGCGGCUACCAGUCGUACAACCAGGGGGCGGCUACGGAAGCCAGCAGAAGCAGUGCUACAGCUGUGGCGGCUAUGGCCACAUGUCUCCGCAUCACAGGGGAUUGCGCCAAUGGCUCCAAGUGCUACAACUGCGGCGAGAACGGCCACUUCAGCCGAGACUGCCCCAAGGAGAACACUGGUGGCGAGAAGAUCUGCUACAAGUGCCAGCAGACCGGUCAUAUCCAGUCUGCUUGCCCCACUGGCUAA